AUGGAAGAAGAGGGAGCUCCUGUUCAGCUCUAUGUUUACGACCUAUCUCAGGGAAUGGCAAGAAUGCUUUCCAUGAAUCUGGUUGGUCGCCUCAUUGAGGGGAUAUGGCAUACCAGCGUAGUUGUGUAUGGAACAGAACAUUAUUUCGGGCAAGGUGUCAUGGAAUCCAUGCCCGGCCGUACACACCACGGAGUUCCUUUGCAAGUUAUUGACAUGGGGAGAACACACAUCCCGCGCGACAUGUUUUUAGAGUACCUUGACGGGAUGAAAAAACACUGGACAGCGGAUAAAUACCAUCUCCUAGACAACAACUGCAACAACUUUUCGAACGAAUUAUGUAAUUUCCUAAUCGGCAAGAACAUUCCUUCUCACAUUACCGCACUACCUGCCGAGUUUGUUAACACCCCCUUUGGUCAAUCGCUGUUGCCAGUCCUUGAGAAUAUGUUCGGUCCAUCGCAGCUCGCUCGCUCAGCCAAUGCAGCUGCAAACGCAGCGACAGCUGCAUCUCCCGGCCUUUCCCCGUCCUUAGCGAGUUUGGUUGGCAAUGUAGCCGCCGCUGCUCAAUCCGCUCCACCAUCAAAGACCGCUUUACAAUCGGCGUAUAAUGUUGCGCAACUUGACUCAAUACUGGCAUCACAUCGGUGUGUGGCUAUUGACUUUACUUCGAUGAGCUGCGGGCCUUGCCGAGUUAUAAGUCCCGAAUUCGAACGGUUAAUCGAGUCCUACAAUCGCGAAUAUCGGCAAACCGGCAUGGGAGCGGGAGCGAGGGUAGAUGGAAAUAAGAUUGUGGGAGUGAAAGUGGACGUUGGCCUAUCGAGGGACAUUGCUCAGAAGUAUCAGAUAACCGCGACUCCAACAUUCAAGUUCUUCCUUGACGGAAAUGAGAUAUCUCAGUUCAAAGGAGCGAAUGUACAGGAACUAACGAAUUCUAUAGAGCUUCUCCUGUACUCUGCAUAUCCACCACAUCCACACACAAAGCAACGCACACCUAUAUUGGAUAGCCUUCCAAAUUCACCAAUCCUUUUUGCCCAGUCCACGCAAUUGAAUUCGAUAUUCAAUAAACUAGAGACAUUUAUGCGGGAGCAAUCUAUUACCGACAAACAGUCGCAAUUAGACGCUUUGAAGACCGCCCUACAAGCUAAACACGAAAAGGGGCAAUCCGGUGCACUGCAUCUUCCAAACGGCUGGAAAGAGCUGCUAGAUGUGCUAUUGCAGCGCAUUCCUACUGAGCAGCUGUUCCCUGUUCUGGAUAUUCUACGCUUACUCAUCUUGGACGAAGCAAUACGAGAUUUUUAUGUGAAAAAUGAUCCAGAGUCUACGGUAAUGAAUGUCCUGUAUCGGUUUGGCGGCCAGCAAGCACAACCGGAAACAGUGCCAAAAGCUGUUCGCGUAAUGGUGCUCCGGUUGGCGUGCAACCACUUUACGUCGCCAACCUCCAUUGCACAACUACUUUCUCUUUCCCAAACCCUUGCACCACAUGCUACACCGUUCCGCUCUGUGACCACGGCUCUCUUGAUAGACUCUCUCCUGUCGCCAGACGCUGCUGUACGCCAGUGCGCUGCUUCCUUGGCUUUCAACAUUUCCAUUGAGGAAGCCAAAUCACGACAAAGCCAUGCUGGAGUAGAAAGCGGGCGGGAGGAUGAAGGUAUACACGAAGAGUGGGUGUCGGAACUGGUAGCUGCCAUUGCGAAAGCUUUUGAAGAUGAGGAGGAAGACGAAAUUGUCUUGCGCCUGCUCACUGCCAUUGCUCACCUCCUGCGAUUCGCCACGCCCUCAAUACAACAACUGGCGACUGUCAUUGGUGUCGGCACAGCAGUAACGCAGAAGCGAGCAACACGCGAAGAACAGUUGAGGAAUUUGCGGACAAAAGGUGCCACAGGUGAUGCGCAGAUUAAAAAGGAUUUGGAGAAGAAGGAAAAGAUUGUGGGAUUGGCUAAAGAGGUCGUAGAGCUGUUGUAG